UUCCCAGCGGCCCCGUGCGGCCCGGGCAUGCCCAGUGUGGGCGCAGCGGCCCCGGCCCUGGGAGCGCCAGGGCGGGAGCGGGUGGCCGGGCGCGGAGGGGUGCGGAGGGGCGUGGAGGAGCCGAGCGGGUCAGCGGUGGACCAGGGGCCGGGCCGGAGCCGGAGCCGCGGGGGCGAAGCUGCCGGAAACUUCUCUACCUGAAGUGAGUGCAUCUGUGUAGGAUUUGACCCAAGGAGAAGAUGGUACAUGCAGUGUUGUGCAAGUUGCCUUCCCUCUGCUGUAUUCCCUGCUCUUCCUGUUCUGGGUGGCAGUAGUCCAGUUGGGUCAAUAAGGUGCUUCAUGAUGAGACAUCUGGGGACACUUCUCUCUCCUUUAUGUAGUUGAUAGUUUGGGCGGUGAAGAGAUGGCUGACAGUGUCAAAACCUUUCUGCAGGACCUUGCCAGGGGAAUCAAAGACUCCAUCUGGGGAAUUUGUACCAUCUCAAAGCUAGAUGCUCGAAUUCAACAAAAGAGAGAGGAGCAGCGUCGAAGAAGGGCAAGCAGUGUCCUGGCUCAGAGGAGAGCCCAGAGUAUAGAGAGGAAGCAAGAGAGUGAACCACGUAUUGUUAGUAGAAUUUUUCAGUGCUGCGCUUGGAAUGGUGGAGUAUUCUGGUUCAGUCUCCUUUUGUUUUAUCGAGUGUUUAUUCCCGUGCUUCAGUCAGUAACGGCUCAAAUUAUUGGUGAUCCGUCACUACAUGGGGAUGUUUGGUCGUGGCUCGAGUUUUUCCUCACGUCAAUUUUCAGUGCUCUUUGGGUGCUCCCCCUGUUUGUGCUUAGCAAAGUUGUGAAUGCAAUUUGGUUUCAGGAUAUAGCUGACCUGGCCUUCGAGGUAUCAGGGAGGAAGCCUCACCCAUUCCCUAGUGUCAGCAAAAUAAUUGCUGACAUGCUCUUCAACCUUUUGCUGCAGGCUCUUUUCCUCCUCCAGGGGAUGUUUGUGAGUCUCUUUCCCAUCCAUCUUGUUGGUCAGCUGGUUAGUCUCCUGCAUAUGUCUCUUCUCUACUCACUAUACUGCUUCGAAUAUCGUUGGUUCAAUAAAGGAAUUGAAAUGCACCAGCGAUUGUCAAACAUAGAAAGGAAUUGGCCUUACUACUUUGGAUUCGGUCUGCCCCUGGCUUUCCUCACAGCAAUGCAGUCCUCCUACAUAGUCAGUGGCUGCCUAUUCUCUAUCCUCUUUCCUUUAUUCAUUAUCAGCGCCAAUGAAGCAAAGACCCCUGGCAAAGCAUACCUUUUCCAGUUGCGCCUCUUCUCCUUGGUGGUUUUCUUAAGCAACAGACUCUUCCACAAGACGGUCUACCUGCAGUCUGCCCUGAGUAGUUCAACUUCUGCAGAGAAGUUCCCCUCACCACACCCAUCUCCUGCCAAACUGAAGGCUGCUGAGGGCCACUGAGUCGCCUGCCACCCAGAGGGGAUGGUGGGAUUGGAAGGAUGCCGCAUCAGCUCUUUUUCUCGUUCACCUCCCUGACCAGGGAAGGCAGGACCCACCCUGCCAAGGGCCCUGUGCAUAUUCCCUUCUCUCUGAGGAAUCGGGAUUUUUGUCUCUGGUGCACGUAAGGCAGAAUCGUCCUGACACCAGUAUGGAUUUUAAACACCGGUGAGUCUGAAAGGACCACAGGUUUUUCUGCAGCUCUUUUCUAGCAUCUGCCAGCCCCCGUGCCUGGACUGAUUUGAAUACUUUUUCUCCCUGUGCCAUUUAUCCUCCCACCUCCCCUUCCCGCCUUCCACCAUCCUUGGAUGAAUGGAUUUUUGUAAUUCUAGUUGUUGUAUUUUGUGGACCUGUUGUUUUGGUUUUUCUGUGAAGCACAUAUAUUGGACGUGGGAAGUAAAGGAGUCUCUCCUGCUCCUGGUCACUCCCGUUAUAGCCAUCACUGUCUUGUUUCUUGUAACUCAGGCUAGAUUUGGUCUCUUGCUCCACUGCAAAGAAAACAAGCCUGAAGAGAUGGGACAGGAGGAAAGACCUCACAGCCAGAUCUGUUGGGUUUUGAGGAGUGGUUUUCUAUCUUCCCCUUGAAGGGGAAAAAGCUUUUUUCACUGGUACAUUUAAAGCUCCCCCAGCUAUAGGGAGGUACCAAUUUUGGACAAGUGCCACUGCAACACAGAAUGCUCAGAGAACCUGAACUUUUAAACUCUGGAGGUCUGAACUUUACUGUUGGCCACUGCUGGGUCUGUCUGGUAUUUCAAAGGAAUAUUGGGUGCUGCAAAUAGGAACUGAAGGGGUAAACUUAUUAAACCCAUUAAACCUGUGAUUGGUUGCUGUUUUCCUGUCAUUUUAAAGAGACUAAAUAUGGAGGGAGGGGCAGGUGUCAAAGCACUUGCACAGUUUUAAGACAUCACAAACGUGAGCUUGUUUCCCACAAAUGUGCAACGGUUGAAAUUUACAAGUCGUCACUUCAAGAAACAUAUUCAUGGAACCCAGGACUUUGUCUUGGAUAAUUUGGAAGAUUAGUUCUGAAAAAUGUUCCCUGAAGAAGUUUGGGUUAUGUGCUUAUAAUCAUGUUAACAUCUUGUGAAAGAAUUUGGGAUUGAGUUGUUUUAAAGUCUAUGUGUACAUCUGUCCUGUGUACUCAAAGAGAGGGCCUUCUAGACUUCAAGAAUUGAACAUUCUCAUUCGGGAAAAGAUUAGACAUUUGGUUAACAGAAACCUUUACUAUGUAUAGGACAAAAUAAGGAUUUAAAAAUCGUUGCCAGCAGAUGUGAACCAAGUUUGAAUACAGAAGGUUUUUAAAUAGUGGGUAUUUUGGAAGUAGGUGUUUCCAGCUCGUGAACAAAAAAUUGUAAAAGACAGUUUAAGAUUCAUUUUCAAUAUCCCUCUGUGACAGACAUCUCUGGUCAUUUGACAGUAGUAUUGCAGAGAACUACUUUCAGGUUGCCGAGGUGGUGGUUGAAGAAGACCUCAGUAUUUCAUCAGCUUGCAACUGAUCAGCGACUGCCUUACUUAAGAUUAGUUGUAGUUUUUAAAAUGAGAUUAAAAUGGCCACAUCUUUGCUGCCUGAAAUUUGUAUUUGUGUCAGCUAAGCUGGUCUUAGAAGGGUGAGGGAAGUUGAGUAGAGGAAGGCAAGUGAUAUUAUCCAGCACUGUGCCUGGCUAUAGAAAAUGCUUUAAGUCACUGGACGUGAGGAAUCUGUAAAGUUUUAUUAGUGUAACUGAGAGGCCAGGCCUGUACAAAGGCUAGAUUACCAAAUGUCUAUUGUAGGUAUUCCUAAUUUCAUGAGAUGUACACAAAAGCAGUGUAAACUUCUCUUGCCUUUUCACUAGCAUAUGGGCAGUGAGGGCAGCGAUUAGGAAAUUGGGAUCAAAGGGAGAGUAGGCUCUGUUUUUGCCAAGUUCAGAAUGGCAGUUUAAGGCAGACUAAUAGUAACUGAAAAUAAGGGAGGGCACAUCACUACAGAUGAAAGUGAGAGCUUGAGUUCCAAUCGUACAGCCAGGAGGAUCUAAGGAAUCAUGUUCACAAAUCUCUCUUCAGGGACAGACAUCACAGCUUGGACAGGUAUGUGUGGUUGAAAACACGACCCUUUUAUCCUAUCUAGAGCUGAGUUGUCCGUUAUAGUAACUCUACAAAGUAAAUGCUUCCUAGACCUGAGUAUGUUAAGUCUGUUGGAAACUUUUAAAUGGACAAAUUCACGCACUGACUUGUUCAUUGCUCUGCACUUGGUUAAGGGGCCAAGAGAAAAUUUAAGAGAAAUUGUGACAAACUGGAAUAAACCCAGAAGAGGGCAACUAAUGGUUAGGGGUUCGUGAACCACCUUAAAGGAUAACUUCUGUGGGAAUAAAAGGGCAACUAUA